UUCCACCGCACAAAAUGUUAUUUCUAGCUUAUAUUGUUGGUCUGCUGUUUCAUACAGCUUAUACGAUUUCACUUGAGAAAAGGCUUCUCUUACAAGUAUCUGACGGUAUUGCUGUUGGAACUGUUUCAAACAGUGACCUUGACGAGGCAUCCGGUCUUUGUGCUAGCAGACAACAUCCGGGUAUCUUCUACACGCACAAUGACAAGGGUGGGCGAAAUAGAAUUUAUGCCGUUAACGGUACCACAGCGCAGGUAGAUGCAGUAUUAGUAAUAGAUGGCGCCAACAGCAAAGACUGGGAGGAUGUGGCAUGUGGAAAAUGCUUUGGACAUUUAAAUGAUAAUUGCUUGUACAUUGGUAAUAUCGGAGAUGCAGGUGGUCAUGGGUCUGCGACGACAAUUUACCGUGUCCAGGAACCUGCUGUGCUGAACUCACUAAUGCAUGUAACAGUCGACGCGACACUCCAUUACAGCUGGGGCGAAGUAGAUGCAGAGACAUUGAUGCUUACACCGGACGCGGAAAUGUACAUAGUUUCCAAAGUAGAUGGCGGGAAAGGCUUGAUUGCACACAUUCCAAGUUCUGGCUGGGGUUCAAGCCAACCCGUACAGCUACAUUCAAACCAACGUCUAGAUGUAACGAGCACACAUAAUGAUCCUGUCGGCGGGGAUAUAUCGCCCGACGGUCAAGAAGUUCUCAUUAAAGUCAGGGACCACGUUUUACAUUACAAUAUGAACGGAAGUAAAGAUUAUUUGGCUGUAUUGUCCGGAAGUCCCGUACAGUUGCCAUACAUACACGAGAAACGUGGAGAAUCAGUAGCAUUCAGUAUUGAUGGGCAAAGUUAUUACACACUCGGGGAGGGACAACAUCCAACGUUGUACAGAUACAAUGCAAAUACUUAAAAUUUGACUUUUAUUUUUGUAUAAGUAAGCUUUUGUAAUUAAAUUAUUUGUGAGACUGUGA